CAGGAAGGAUUCACCUGCAUUAAUAGUUAGCUACAGUUCCAUGCUGAGGGUGCAUUUUAUAGCAGAGAGGUGAACUCUGGUACAAAUAUAAAUGAAAGUUGUCAUUGUGGUAAGACAUCCUUGCGGCUAUAGAUGUAAAACCGCGAUAAGAUAAAGAGAUAUGGGAAUGUCAGAGCACCCAUGAACAUAGCACAAGCUAACUGAAGCUAACUGAGCUAGCUCCGUUGUUGUUGAGGAUGACAGCUGCAGAGGGAGAGAUGCAGAGAAGACCAGAGCGAUGUAAUCUAGAUGUUAGAGGCGCACUUGCAAAGCCAGCAGACCCACAGGAGCCAUGAAGGAGGACUGUGAAGGUGCAGCUUUGUUCCAGGACCUGGACUUUCCCACAGCUGCCUCCUCCCUUUUCUUGGACAGCUCCACACCCAUCGCCAGGCUGCAGCGGGAAAUCACAUGGCUGCGUCCACAGGAGAUCUGCCAGACACCUUCCCUCUUCCCCACCAACCUCAACCUGGCUCAUGCUAAACAAGGUUUGUUGGGAGACUGCUGGUUUCUCUGUGCUUGCACCUUCCUGCUCAACAACCAGCACCUUUUAAACAAGGUACUGCCUCCAAGUCAGCCCCAGUGGGGUAGCAGCGGGUACAAAGGCUCCUUUCAGUUUCUUCUCUGGCAGCAUGGCCGCUGGAUAGAUGUGACCAUCGAUGACCGUCUCCCCUGCAUUAAUUCCUCUCUCUGCUUCUCACGGUGCCACUCCCCCUCUGCCUUCUGGGUAGCUUUGUUGGAAAAGGCUUAUGCCAAGCUUCAUGGUUCAUAUGAACAACUGUGGGCUGGGCAGGUGUCGGAGGCCCUGGUGGAUCUGACGGGUGGUGUCGCAGAGCGCUGGAGUCUAAGGGAAAUUGGGUCACAAGAGGGAAAACUGCGAGCAGAGCAGGACAGUGAUGAAGUCAUGAGGAAAAAGCUGGACCUGAACCUUCUGUGCCGCGUACAAGAAGAGUGUGCACUGAGCUGCUCCACCCGCAGCCCCUCUGGAGGACCCAGCGAGCUAGAUCAGCACCAUGCUCUGACUGUGAUGGAGUGGUUGGAUGUAAGGAAGGUGUCAGGGAGUGAAGUGCGCCUCCUCAGGCUCCGAAAUCCGUGGGGGCGCUGCUGUUGGGCAGGAGAUUGGACUUGGAGCGGUGUUGGUUGGAGUUCCCUCGACCCUGUUUGUGCUGCGGAGCUUCAAGCCAGAAUAGCAGAGGGUGAAUUCUGGUUAGAUGAGGCCGAGUUUACGUCCCAGUUUGAUGACAUCACAGUGGGAUAUCCUAUAAACAAAGAUGGACACUUGAAGAGCAUUUACACAGGAGCCGUUCUCACACACAGCCAUCAGCUGGCUAGCCGCUGGAUAAAGGGCUCCUCUGCAGGCGGCAGCCGAAACACCAGCAGCUACAGCAGCAAUCCCAAGUUCUGGCUCAAAGUGUGUGCAGAAGGCGAGGUGCUGGUAUCGUUGCUGCAGCACCGAAAAUGCAGAAACACGGAAAAAUACUCACAAAGAACCCUUGAAGACAGAAGUAACACAAAGCACCAGCAUUACCAAGCCAUUGCGCUACAUAUGUGGAAGGUGGAAAAGAAGCGUUUUAAUCUGAGCCGGAUGUUAAACAAACCGCCUUGUGCUUCUACUCACUGCCAUUCCUACGAGAGAGAAGUGGUCCUCUCCAGGAAGCUGGAGCCUGGAUACUACCUCCUCAUUCCUAGCACCUACCAGCCAGGAGCUGAGGCCCCUUUCCUCAUCCGGGUCUUUUCCUCCUCUCCUAUAUCACUCAGUGCCCUAAAAAGUCCAGCAUCCUCACUGCCACUGAUGACAGACGGCGAGUGGGAGACAAGUAUCUUCCAUGGCUCGUGGGUGGAGGGAAGGACAGCGGGAGGAAGCAGGAACUUCCCGUCAUACUGGCAGAACCCCAGCUUCCCUUUUGCAGUGUGUGAUGAACCAACAGUGACAUCUGGGGUCAGUGUCAGGAUCACAUUGCACCAAAGCCGCCCUGACACCGAUUUACAUCCUAUUGGCUUUCAUGUUUACAAGGUACUCCAGGAGGAUUCAGAGCAGACAGUAGCCAAAGAUGAGGACCCUGUGGCCAGCUGCACGCCCCACUGUUACACACAGCAUGUCAGCCUGGCCUGCUCUCUUCCUCCUGGAUCUUACACCAUAGUGCCGUCUACCUAUCAGCCCGACUGCUCAGCAAACUUCACAAUCAGCCUGGCUCGCAAAAUACACAGGAAAGUGGUGAAAAGCCAGGAGAAACUUGGGAGCGCUGUUCAUGAGGUCUCUCACAUCUCUUUGAUGAAAACCUAGCUGCCCAGGACUGACGUCAGCCCACCACCCCGCGCCUCUUGGCCCACGAUGAAACGAGCCAUUCCACCGUCAAGCGGCGCUGACCGCAGAAGCCAUGACUGUGUUUUUAUAUAUGGACUAAGAGUGCAGCCGGGCAGGGAGGGGGACAAACCACAGAGGUUUAUGUGCAGCUCCACAAUCAUCUGUGAUUAGGACAUCAGAGGUUGUCGCUGGGCUCUGCUGCUAAUGAAGUAUGACGGCACUGGCUGGUGUAAACAAACAGCGGCCACUGAAGAGUACCGCCACCGCUCUCGCUCAUUCACUCUGUACGCCCGCCGGCCCAGAACAAAGAGUCUUCUCAUGAAGGUCCUCAAAGAGGCAUGGGGGGGGGGAGUCAGGGAUGGUCUGCAGUAGCAGAGCCAACCAAACCAAACCAAACCAAACUACACCACACUGUACCAACCUAGAAUUUCCCAGGCAUUCCUUCCCCCAAAAUACGUUAUUGUAUUGUUUGUUCCAUAAGGCAAACACGUUUACAAUCAGCAAACCAAAAAAUGUAAAAUAAAACCUUAAUUGUUGAACCAAACUUAUAGAUCUAGUUCCCAUACUCACCCUUCACCUCCCUUUUUAGUCCCUUAGAUUUGGUCCAGAGCUCUUCCGGCACGGAGCUGCUGUUUGAAGUAACCGCAAGGACAGAGUGUAGGGGGUGACAAGAGAAAUGCAGCAUAUCAAACGA